AUGCGCACUAGUUGCCGGGCGGCUUCCGGGGGACUCUUUGUGCGCGUGCGCAGCAGAACCAUUUCCGCCCCCUCCCUGCGCACGUCCUGGCGGUUCUCUGAGGGAGACGGAGACGAGGGCGGCUGCCAUUUUGUCUCUUGCAGUUGGGCCUCUCCCUCUGUGAGGCAGAGCGAGGGGAGAGUAGCGCUGUUGCUGCUGGAGGCGAGCGAGUACCGCGCGUGUUUCAGCUGGUGUAGCCGGGCGGGCCGCGACGAGGCGCGCUUGCGGACGUGGCGAGGCCGUACGGAAGAGGCCGCGCCGUUGGGUCUGGCGAGUUUUCCCGCAGUAGCAAAAGCAAAGCGGUCGCGCUGUUUCCUUCCCUCCGUUGAGGGAAGUCGCGGAGCCUGGGCGCUCUCCGGGUCCAUUCGCCCCACACGGGCCUGGUUAGUAGCGCUAAAGGGUGGUCGUGUGUGUAUGUGUGUGUGUACACGCGUGUGCGUGCACGGGUGUAUGUGUACACGCGUGUUUGUUUUUUUGGCACGCGGGUAAGCUGCCUGACUGUUCUCGGUAGUGAGUCUCUUAAGCUGCAGAAACACCUCCUGCCCCCCGUACUGUGCUUCUUUCCCUUGUGGUAAAAGGGGCCGAGCGAUACCCCGGUGGGUGCUAACUUAAAGGUAUUCAAUGGUGCGCGGGCAGCCGGUGACGGGGAGAGCCUGGUGGCUGCUUGUAGGGAGAGGCCGCGCCUAUGUCUUCCCUAUUCCGGCGUCAAUCCGGUGCGGUGACAAAAUAAUGCCUUCAAACGAACACAGUUCUUUUGUGUGGACGGAAAUCAUUCCGGCGUGGGGACCAAUUACAGCUCUGACUUAGGAGUGGCUGAUCCGGUUGGUGAUUCCAGUUCAUACCCGGUGACGGGCAUCAUGGCUUUUGGUUUUUCUUUUUUGUCCUCCUAGCCACAGAAUUUGUUGUUCUCCCACGCGUACUCGGAUGGUUGGUUAAUAGCAAUCCCUUGGAACCCACUGGACCUUUCUGCCGCUGGCAUCCCUGGGAGUGCAUUGGAAUGUACAGGAACUGGUAUGGGAGAACCACGGAGGACUAAGGAGAUGCCGACCGCAUUCACAGCUUGUUUUAAGAAAUGGUUCUUCAUGGCUGGCCAAGAAAUGUUCUGUGGUGGUGUGAUUUCUUCUAGCCAGCAUUUACGUGGAGAAAAAGGAAGAAUGCUAGUUGCUCAGGAUGACAUGCCUUCUCUGCACUUCACAUACUCUGUACAAAGUAUAUUUUUGCUCUGUCAGGAUAUCCCUGAGUUCUAUCGUGCACCAAUCCCUGGGAAGGAAUAGCCUAGACACUACAGUACUCCAGUAAUGUCAUUAUCAUGAACAGUUAAGGAUAGGAGUUAGAAGUGCCAGUUUUAGUAGGAAUCUAUAUUCUUGUUUUGUGUUAGCUUCUUUCUCAGCAAGGACUGCAUAGGAGUAAAGUACACUUACGGGCUUUUUUAAUUGGGAAUAACUAUUUUGUGGAUAUACAAAACACUUUGCAACUUCUCCAUUUUCCCUAGUUGUUUUUUGAUCUAAAUUCUAUUUACUCAUCUAAAUCUUUAUAUGCCUUGUCCACACCUGAUAACCAAGAGUUGCUACAGUAAAUUGUUAAUAUUUGUUUCAUUUUUUGUUAUUGUUGGGGGAUGGGGCUCUAGAAGUAAAAUCUUGCCUUGCGGUGAAGACUUGUCUACUUGCUUUGGAGGUCUCUGCUGGGACUGAAAAAUAAUUUAUAGUUGUCUUUUUUAAAAAACCGCAAAAACAUGGUGGAUUUUAUCCAUGGUGUUGGUGUAAGAUCUUGAGUUACCUAGGAGUAUUUAGAUUCUAGAACAGUUUUAGCUGGUUUUCUAGCAUUGUUAGAGUGCUAUUACACUGAUGCCCUGCUUGCAAGGACAUCUGGUUGGCCACUGUGAGAACAGCAUGCUGGACUAGAUGGGCCACUGGCCUGAUUCAGUAGGCUAUUCUUAUGUUCUUGUUCUUGCUUCCCAACAAUAACAACAUAUAAGAAGAAUGUUUGAUAUUAGCCUUUUGAGUAAUGAGAUGUUAUUAAUCCCUAUUGAUUAGAAUACUGCCAUUGAUUUCAGUAUGAUAUUGAUAGUGUUUUUAGAGAACUAUUCAGACUUCUCAAAAAGCCCUUGUUAGAAACUUCCAGAUUGGUGGUCUAUGAUCUUUGCAGAGGGGGUGAAAGAAAGUAGGCCUUCUCGAUGUACUUUACUGAAAUCAAGUUUAAAGUAAAUAAGAUUUCAUAGUUUGCUUUCUUGGUCGUGUGGAUCAGUUAUAGAUGAAUUGGGUUCUUGCACCGUUCCUAUAUAUGCUAGAUAAUUCGGACAUUUAUUUUUGAGUAGGUUUCAUUGAACUCAGUUGAACCUCCGGUUUUGGGCUACCCAGUUUCUGUUGCUUCAUAUUUAUGUAUUUUAUGGAAUUUGUGAAAAGAUUGGCUUGGAAAGCGCCAUGAAACUGUUUUAUGAAUGUAGUCAGUAUAUUUGAGUCCCUUGACUUUCGUGAUGUUUUAGUGCUCUAAAGAGAUAUCAUAGAAUAUAUUGUAUUCUGGAUUUGUGGUUGAAUGACAAGCAUUCGUGGUGAAAUUGGAAUGGGCAUAAGCAGUAUAUUUUCCUGAAUUUACUUAAUUUUUUGGAUUUUUCUUCCAAUAUGGUCAUCUUUACAACAACGAAUUAAACUACAGGCGAACAUCUUGUCACCCUCUUCUGAAAAGAAUUUAAGAACAACUGCCGACUCCUAUUUUUGUGUGGGACUUUUGGGUUCUUCCACCCAACUGUCUGUGGAUCUUUUGAAGACUGAUUUCAAACUAUUUUCUUCACUUGUUGCAAUCUGUUUUAAAUGGAUACUCUGGCCAAAAUGUUGUUCAGUUGAGAUUGGUUAUUUUUGAUUUUUGUGCCUCUCUGGACUGGGAAAUAAUUUUAACACAAGAAUACCAAUCUUGAUUUCUUACUAAUGUUGACCAUGAUUAUGAAUAUACCACAGUAACACAGCAUAGUAUGUAAACCUGCUUCUUGACCAUUAAUAAUGUUUCAUUUUCUUUCCACAGUUAA